UAAAACAAGGUUCAGCUGAAGAGGCGGAAACUCUGUGUCCAAGUAAAAACUACAUUUCCCAAGGAGCAGCGCGGCACGGGAAGAGAGCGCACGCGUAGAGAGGAAGACAGCGCACGCGUAGAGAGGGUCUCGCGCUGCUCAUAAAAGGGAAAAAGCGUGCGUGGUUCUUGAGCCGCCGCGAAUCUUCGAACGUGAGCGCGUUGUUAUCCGCAGACUCUGAAAGGCAUUCGAGGGAAGACGCGCCUGCUCCCGCCGUCGCAGUUUCCAGCGCGACUUGCUUAUUCCACCCGUGGUUCUGUAGAUGGCACAGUGAAUCACCAUCUUACUGGUGAUACUUUUGGUAUAGUCGUAAUAACCUAGCAGUUGAUUGACAGUUUACAGUAGACAAAAUGCUGCUUCUUCCAUGAUCUCUUUUGCUGUUGAAUAUCUGAAGUUGUGACGAAACUUGGAGAUGGGAGGAUAAGCAUAGAUUUUUGGAGUGCCUGCUCAGCUACCCAUACCCAUCUGAACUUCAUUUUCCCCAGCUGUAAGGAAGGGUUGGAACCCAGGCCAAGUGUUCCCUGACCCACAUCUACAGACAAGGAGGAGACCGCUCCUACUGCCAAGCGCCCUCGUACACCAUGGCCCUCGUGUCUGCUGAUUCCCGCAUAGCAGAACUGCUCACAGAGCUCCAUCAGCUGAUCAAGCAAACCCAGGAAGAGCGUUCGAGGAGUGAACACAAUUUAGUGAACAUCCAGAAGACCCACGAGCGGAUGCAGACAGAGAACAAGAUCUCUCCCUAUUACCGGACAAAGCUGCGUGGCCUCUAUACAACCGCCAAGGCCGACGCAGAGGCUGAGUGCAACAUCCUCCGGAAAGCCCUAGAUAAGAUUGCGGAAAUCAAGUCUCUGUUGGAAGAGAGGCGGAUUGCGGCCAAGAUCGCCGGCCUGUACAAUGACUCGGAGCCCCCUCGGAAGACCAUGCGCCGGGGGGUGUUGAUGACCCUGCUGCAGCAGUCAGCCAUGACCUUGCCCCUGUGGAUCGGGAAGCCUGGUGACAAGCCCCCACCCCUCUGUGGGGCCAUUCCAGCUUCUGGGGACUAUGUGGCCAAACCUGGAGAUAAGGUGGCUGCCCGAGUGAAGGCCGUGGACGGGGAUGAGCAGUGGAUCCUGGCCGAAGUGGUCAGUUACAGCCAUGCCACCAACAAGUAUGAGGUAGAUGACAUUGACGAGGAAGGCAAAGAGAGACACACACUGAGCCGCCGGCGGAUCAUCCCACUGCCCCAGUGGAAGGCCAACCCGGAGACGGACCCCGAGGCCUUGUUCCAGAAGGAGCAGCUGGUGCUGGCCCUGUAUCCCCAGACCACCUGCUUCUACCGUGCCCUGAUCCACACACCCCCACAGCGGCCCCAGGAUGACUAUUCAGUCCUGUUUGAAGACACCUCCUAUGCAGAUGGUUACUCCCCCCCGCUCAAUGUGGCCCAGCGGUACGUGGUGGCUUGUAAGGAGCCCAAGAAAAAGUGAAGCAGCCAGUCAGACUCUCAGUCGCCUGACACCCUAAAUCGGGGGAUGCAACACAAGAUUCUGUGACCAAAUAAAUACUCUUCCUCGUGUC